GGCCGAUGUCCCAGGUGAGUGGCCCGCGCUCACCUCACUGUGACGCGCCCCAUGGAGCCCCCAGCGCAGCCCCAGACCCAGGUAGGAUCGGGGUUGGAGACCGAGGCUGGACCAGAGUGGGCCCAGACCCCAUCCCUCCUCCCUGGGUUGGAGGUAGUAACAGAAUCUGCUCACCCUGCGGAGGCAGCUCCAGAGGAGGGCUCCCUGGAGGAGGCAGCGCCCCCCAUGCCCCAAGGCAAUGGCCCUGGGGCCCCCCAGGCCCUGGACAGCACUGACCUCGAUGUCCCCACAGAAGCUGUGACACGCCAGCCUCAGGGGAACCCCCUGGGCUGCACCCCACUACUGCCGAACGGCUCUGGCCACCCCUCGGAGCUGAGUGACGCCAGGCGGGUGGGGAAUGGUGCCCUGGGUGGCCCCAAGGCCCACCGGAAGUUGCAGACCCACCCAUCUCUUGCCAGCCAGGGCAGCAAGAAGAGCAAGGGCAGCACGAAAUCUGCCGCUCCCCAGAUCCCCCUCCAGGCGCAGGAAGACUGCUGCGUCCACUGCAUCCUGUCCUGCCUGUUCUGCGAGUUCUUGACGCUGUGCAACAUUGUCCUGGACUGCGCCACCUGCGGCUCCUGCAGCUCUGAGGACUCGUGCCUCUGCUGUUGCUGCUGUGGCUCCGGGGAGUGCGCUGACUGCGACCUGCCCUGUGACCUGGACUGCGGCAUCCUGGACGCCUGCUGCGAGUCCGCAGACUGCCUAGAGAUCUGCAUGGAGUGCUGUGGGCUCUGCUUCUCCUCCUGACCCGCCUACAGCCUACGCUCCAGCAAAGCCUUCUGAGUGGGGCAGCCCCAGGCUGUCACACAAAGCUUGACAAGCCCCCUCUCCCUGGUUCUCUCCCACCCACCCAAUGCCCUCUCAGAACCCCAGCCCCGGUGAGAAGCAGGGUGCACAGAGGGACCACCUCAGUUGUGGGAUCUGGGCCCACUGCAGAGAAGCCAGCAUCCCUCCCUAGCUUACCAGGGCUGGACGAGGCCGGCCCCGAGGACUGAGUGGGCUAGGACAGCAAGGGGAAGGGGCAGGGUGAGGGCUGCUGCUGGCCCAGGCGCUGGGGCUGCAGAACACUGUGAAAGUUAGGGGCGGGGUAGGCCCUGGGCAGGGCGGGGUGGGCUGGGGCUGUGUGCUUCUCUACCUCUCACUGCUCCGGGCCUCUUCCCUGCUGCCCUAGGCUUAAAAAAAAAAAGAGGACAGCAAAAUGUGAAAAGAGACACCGUCCCCACCCUCAGCCAGGCCCCUCCCCAUCUCCUUCCUGGGCUCUGGCGGGGGCUAACCCACGCACU